AUGAGGGAGCUCUUUCUGGACGAGGGCAUUGAAGACCGUGUUUUGGAUGAUUUGAGGCAUCUCUGGGAGUCAAAGAUGAUGCAGUCCAAAGCUCUGGAGGACUUCAGGAAAAACAACAUCAACUCCUCCAACUUUGUCCUGCAGCUUCCAGCCAGCUACACCCACAACGACCAGGACAUGACUGUUAAAGCAAGAACUACAUUCAACAAGGUUUCAGCUUCAGUUGUUAUUCCCACGAGCCAAAAGGUCCAAUCCUAUCCAGUGAAGACCACCUCAGAGACCGUGGCAACCUUUUCUCUUCCUGCUGGCUUAACCUAUCCAGUCCAGAUACCUGCAGGAGUCACACUGCAAACCGCCUCGGGUCAGCUGUAUAAAGUCAACGUCCCAGUUGUGGUCACACAGGCCCCAGCCGGACAGCAGCCUCUGACCCAUCCUGCUCCUAAAGUCCCACAAUCCCAAAUGCUUCAUAUCAGAGUUAGUACUGCUCCUGUCCAAAAAGACCCACCGAUGAUAUCAAACGCAGCUGUGUCCCAGGCCACAGCUGUCACCCUGCCUCCCAAAACCAAUACAGCUCCAAUUCAAGAGCCUGUCCUGCCUCCGCAACCUCCAACACCUCCAACACCUCCAACACCUCAGAUUGAUGUUGAAGAUGAAGAUAUUCUGGAGACGCCUUCUCCGGAGCUGGAGACGAAAACUGAAGACUGCGAUCAGCCCUUAAACCUGAGCAUGAACCCUUCGCCUGCUCACGUUCUGGACUUCCAAAUGAACGCCAACACCACGGACAUCGACGACCUCCUAAAAGAAGUCAUCGAGAAGGAGCGGGAGAAAGUCCGCUACCUGGAUCCAACCAAAGCUGAUGAUGAUCUUGGGCUGGACCUGGACUACGGUGCCCUUGCAGACAUCGUGCAGCUCGAUGGCGCCGCUGAUAACUCUGAGGAGGAGGUGGGUGCGCUGGAAGAGAAUGACUUUUUGGGGAUGAUUAAUGCAGAAGCGAUCAGGGCGCUGCAGGAGGGAGACAGCGACGGCCUCUCAUCCAGCAGCGACAGCGACGGAGCAGAGGACGAGCUGGCACACGUGGAGGACGAGGAUCCCUUAAAUUCAGGUGAUGACGUGGUGGAGCAGGACAUCCCCAACCUGUUUGACACGGAGAACGUAAUCGUCUGCCAGUACGACAAAAUCCACCGCAGUAAGAAUCGCUGGAAGUUUCAUUUGAAGGAUGGUGUGAUGACUUAUGGAGGCAGGGACUAUGUGUUCUCCAAGGCAGUGGGGGAGGCGGAGUGGUAG